UCUUUUAAAUAAAUAAAUAAAUAAAAAUAAAUUGUUGUAUAAGUCUAGUUUCGAAUGGUGGUGCCACCUCGUAAAAAGCCCACACACCUAUUAAUUUACAGAAACAAGAUCCGAAAAAGCAUGAUUAUACAUAGAAACAUCCACAAAUACGAAUACGUACCUGUGUAGAUUAAAUACGCGAAUUUGGAAAGGAGGUUCUAAAAUUAACGCAAAACGCUUUUGAUAAUUUUGUAAAAUUUACGUUUCAGAUUCUUACUGGUGAAGAUUGGAAUGUGGUUAUGUAUGACGGAAUACUUGCUUACGGAGGAAUAAAAACAUUUGGUGCAUUGGCAUGCAUCUAUUUUAUAAUUUUAUUCAUAUGCGGCAAUUAUAUUUUGUUGAACGUUUUCUUAGCUAUUGCUGUUGAUAAUCUUGCUGAUGCAGAUUCUUUAACAACAAUCGAAAAGGAAGAAGAAAUUGAUGAUGGUAAAAAUAACAAAUCACACAGCCCCACUCCAACUAUUGAAGGUGCAGAAGAGGAAAAUAUAAAUAUAGAAAUGGAUUUGGAUGGACAUUGUAUUGAAAUAGAAAAAUUGGAUGAGGAUCCUUCUGAAGGUGAAGAGGACGAAAUAUGCGAUGAGGAACUGGAAGAAUCCCGUUCCGAAGUAACACCUAGAGCAACUGCACGACCUCGACGUCUCUCUGAAAUCAGCAUUAAGAAGACUAAAAAACCAAUGCCAAGAGGAAGUUCAUUUUUUAUAUUUAGUAACACAAACAGGUUUCGUGUAUUUUGUCACUGGCUUUGUAAUCACAGCAACUUUGGAAAUGUUAUAUUGUGCUGUAUUAUGUUCUCAUCGGCAAUGUUGGCAGCAGAGGACCCACUACGCCCAAACGCCGACCGCAACAAGGUACUAAACAAAUUUGAUGUUUUUUUCACGGGUGUCUUCACAAUAGAACUGUUACUGAAAUUGAUUUCAUAUGGCUUCGUGUUGCACGACGGAGCCUUCUGUAGAUCUGCAUUUAAUCUUCUCGAUUUACUUGUAGUCUGCGUCUCCUUAAUAUCAAUGCAGUCCAGUUCGAAUGCGAUUUCAUUCGUGAAAAUAUUAAGAGUACUUCGCGUUUUAAGGCCUCUGCGUGCCAUUAAUCGUGCCAAAGGACUCAAGCAUGUAGUUCAAUGUGUAAUAGUGGCUGUCAAGACAAUCGGAAAUAUUGUCUUAGUGACUUGCCUUCUGCAAUUUAUGUUUGCCGUAAUAGGAGUCCAGUUGUUUAAGGGGAAAUUCAGUUUAUGUUCGGAUGGCUCAAAAAUGAGGAGAGAGGACUGUCAUGGCACCUACUUAUUUUAUGAAGAUGGAGAUGUACAUAAGCCGCGGUUAAAGGAGCGCGCAUGGGAUAAAAACAAAUUUCACUUCGAUGAUGUUGCCAAAGCGAUGCUCACCUUGUUCACUGUUUCAACUUUUGAAGGAUGGCCAGCGCUUUUAUAUGUAUCUAUUGAUUCUAAUGAAGUAGACGGUGGACCGAUACAUAAUUUCCGUCCCAUUGUUGCUGCUUAUUACAUAAUUUACAUAAUUGUAAUAGCCUUUUUUAUGGUAAACAUCUUUGUCGGUUUCGUUAUCGUAACUUUUCAAAACGAAGGUGAACAAGAAUAUAAAAACUGUGAUUUGGAUAAAAAUCAAAGAAAUUGCAUAGAAUUUGCGCUUAAAGCAAAACCAGUAAGGCGUUAUAUACCAAAACAUGGCAUACAAUAUAAAGUAUGGUGGUUUGUUACGUCAUCAUCAUUUGAAUACACCAUAUUUAUUUUAAUUAUGAUUAAUACUGUGACUCUUGCAAUGAAAUACCACAAUCAACCACCGUGGUACACUGAGCUCUUAGAUGCUCUAAAUAUGAUUUUUACUGCCGUGUUUGCGCUAGAAUUUGUGUUUAAGUUGGCGGCUUUUCGUUUCAAAAAUUACUUUGGAGAUGCUUGGAAUGUUUUUGAUUUCAUAAUAGUAUUGGGUAGUUUUAUUGACAUUGUUUAUUCCGAAAUAAAGAAUAAGGAUACUUCAUCUCUGCCUUGUGACAUCGUAGAGGGAUGCAAAGCGAAGGCCAAGACGGGAUCAAAUUUGAUAUCAAUAAACUUUUUCCGUUUAUUCCGCGUUAUGCGCUUGGUUAAAUUAUUGAGCAAAGGAGAAGGAAUUCGGACACUACUGUGGACAUUUAUCAAAUCUUUCCAAGCUCUUCCUUAUGUAGCUUUGUUAAUAAUUAUGUUGUUUUUUAUUUAUGCGGUUAUUGGAAUGCAGGUUUUCGGAAAAAUCAAUCUGAGUGACGAGACCGCCAUACACCGGAAUAAUAAUUUCCAAACAUUUCCACAGGCAGUACUAGUCCUUUUUCGUUCUGCAACGGGGGAAGGCUGGCAAGAAAUAAUGAUGUCUUGUUCGACAGACGAAGAUGUACGUUGCGAUCCGAAAUCCGAUAUGACCAAAGAUUGUGGGUCAAAUAUUGCAUUUCCUUACUUUAUAUCCUUCUACGUUCUUUGCUCGUUCCUUAUUAUCAAUUUGUUUGUUGCUGUUAUAAUGGAUAACUUUGAUUAUUUGACUCGCGAUUGGUCGAUUCUCGGACCCCAUCAUUUGGAUGAAUUCAUCCGCCUUUGGAGUGAAUACGAUCCAGAUGCUAAAGGGCGCAUAAAACAUUUAGACGUGGUUACGCUCUUACGGAAAAUUUCACCUCCGUUAGGAUUUGGUAAACUUUGUCCACAUCGAAUGGCAUGUAAAAGACUUGUUUCCAUGAAUAUGCCGCUAAACUCUGAUGGUACUGUUCUUUUCAAUGCAACCCUGUUUGCAGUUGUAAGAACAUCACUAAGCAUAAAAACUGAUGGAAAUAUUGACGAGGCUAAUGCGGAAUUAAGAGCAACAAUAAAACAAAUUUGGAAACGUACCAGUCCUAAACUCUUGGAUCAGGUGGUACCACCACCAGGAAAUGAUGACGAGGUUACCGUUGGAAAAUUCUAUGCCACAUAUUUGAUUCAGGAUUACUUCAGACGAUUUAAAAAACGAAAGGAACAAGAAGGUAAAGAAGGACAGUCUGAAAAUGCGACUCUAACACUACAAGCGGGAUUGCGAACAUUACAUGAAGUAUCACCAGCAUUGAAACGGGCGAUUUCCGGAAACUUAGACGAGCUAUCUGAGGAACCUGAGCCGAUGCAUAGGAGGCAUCAUACGCUGUUUGGGACAGUGUGGUCAUCGUUUCGACGACAUGGUAACAGCUUUAGGCAUGAUCGGAAAAAUAAAAAAUCGCAGUUAAAUGGAGAUAUUGGUGGUACCGAAUCAACGCCUACUGCUGCUGACUCGUCUAAUUUGAAUCCGAUGUACGACACCAACGGCUGCAAUGUAUCUGAUAGCAUAAAUCAUAUUACAAAAAGUCUGAUUCAAGCGAGAUUUGGUUCCGAACCGACUGAAUGCGGUGGCAGUAAUUCCAUUGAAUACCAUGACUUUAAUGCUCCUGGUAACUUUCGUACAUUUAGUGAGAGCAUAUCCUUGCGGCCACUUGUCAUGAAUAGGGACGAUGGUAAUAACUUGCUAACUCUUACUUCAGAGUACAUGACAAAUCAAGAAAGUCUAUUUGCUACAACAGAAUCUUAUGACAGCUCUACCCCCGGGUUUUCAGUGCUCCCUUACAAUAAUGCAAAUGGUAUUCGUGGCCACGAUCGUGCGAUGCUAACAAAAAUAGGUAGCCCUUAUGAUCCCCAUCCUUCAGCAACUUUAUCUAAAGUCAACGGUCCUGCAGAAAGUCUCGUUGGCGGGGUACUAGUUGCAGAAGGUCUAGGAAAAUAUUGCGAUUCAGAAUUCGUUGGUCAAGCAACUCGUGAAAUGCAAGAGGCUUUAGAUAUGACGCUGGAGGAGAUGAAUUUAGCUGCUAAGAAAUUACUAGCAAACGAACAAAGUACUGGACGGAAAUAAUUUGAAUAAAUGUUAGGUUUCACAAAUCUUAGCUAAGUACGAAUUACUUAAGUAUCACCUAAACGAAAUUUAUAGGAAAAUAAAACAACCAACAAUGUACGAUGCUUAAAUUCGCGAAAAUCGUAUAGUUCAUCGUCAAAACGAAAACCUAUAAAAAUAAUACGUAUAGAUUAAAUGACAAUUGUUGCCCAUAGUAAAGCCAAAUAUAUACAUUAAUAUCUAUAUUUAUUUAUAUGUAUAGAUGUUAAAUUUUU